GCGAGCUGCGAGCUGAGAGAGCAACGAAGCAUCUCGCUCAUGGCGUCAUCGCCGUCGCCGGCGCUCUCUCUCCACAUGCUCCGGCCGCUCCCGUGCAGAGCCCUGCUCCUCUCCAGGCAACGGAAGCCAUUCCCCUCGCCAAGAACUGGCUGCGUGGCAGCAGCAACAGCAGCAGCAGUAAGAACUCAUCAGCAGCGGUGGCUCCGGUCGCCGGAGACCGGCCGGCGGAGGAGGCGCGGGCGAUUCGCGUGCUUCUCCUCCAAUUCCGGCAACAAUCCGCCUCCGCCUUCCACUAAGAAUUCGGACGAGUGGCCAAUCCUUCGCCGGUGGGAUGUGCCGUGGGAGUGGCAGACGGUGGUGCUCACCAUGGUGGGCUGUGGAGUAAGCUUUGUUCUGACAGGAUUGGUUGAGCAAUCGGUUUUGACAUAUGUGGGAUUUAAAGCUGUUGAGGCAACAGUAGAUCAGAAGGCAGAAAUACUCUUCCUUGGACAACUUAGCGUGACAGCAGUUGUGCUGGGUGUCGUAUUUGGCAUCACCAACACCUUCCGACCCCUGCCAGAUGAUAUAUUCCGAUAUGAUAUUAAAGAACCAUUCAAGCUGCAAAACGGUUGGCUUCUGUGGGCCGCAGCUGGCCUUUUUGGUGCAAUAAUUUCUAUUGCUUUAGUAGGGGUUGCUAUGAAUUAUCUGAAUGGUGAACCUCCAGAGAGAGAGACUGACUCAUUAGUUCUUUUAUUGCCAUUAAUUGGCUCAUCAAGUGCCAGCACUGCUUUUCUGGUGGGCAUUACUGGAGUUCUUGCACCCAUUCUGGAGGAGACUGUAUUUCGAGGAUUUCUAAUGGUGUCCUUGACUAAGUGGUUUCCUACUCCAGUUUGCAUACUUGUCAGUGCUGCUCUGUUUGCCUUGGCCCAUCUAACACCUGGACAAUUCCCGCAGUUGUUUGUACUUGGUCUUGCAUUGGGCUUUUCAUAUGCUCAAACCCACAAUCUUCUAACUCCUAUCACAAUACAUGCAUUUUGGAACUCAGGAGUAAUAUUACUGCUAACCUUUCUUCAGCUACAAGGGUAUGACAUCAAGGAGCUUCUGGGAGCAUCUUGAAGGCUUACUACUGCUUUGUGCAUAUGCUUUAGUUACUUGAUCAAAGAUACUUGAAAAGGAAUAAUGGGCUCUCCUUUAUUUUAUUGCUCAGUGCUCAUUAUUUACUCUCCAAGUGAUUUUAUGUUUCCUGUAACUCCCAAAAGUAAACUGCGAUGAAAUAAAUCAAAUAAUUGUGUUUGUACUCAUCUGUAGUGAUCUAACUUGAAUCUAUACAAAAGAAAGUGUGGACGACUUAUUAUCUGAGCACCAGAGCAACAUAUGAACUCUAUGAAGAUUUCCAUGCAUGAUAAUGAAUGCUAGUACAG